UGGUCUAAUUUUAUUUGCUUCAUUAUAUUGAUAAUUUUCUGGUCUUGGAAAUUUUGUUGUGGUUUGGUUUAGCUUAGUCUGAUUUGCUAUGUUCUAUAGUAUAUUUGUUCAAUUUGGUGUUCAGUUUAGAGAAAAAUUGGCACACUCGUAUAAUGGAUGAUUGUUGAGCUUUUUAUUGUUGUUUGAGUAUCAUUUUCACUUAUCUAAUAAUAAAAUUGCAUAUUGUAAAGCAUUCCUUUUUGCCUACUGUUGCGGGUAUAUCCAAUGUUAUGGGGAGGUAAUAGGUUUGUAUUGUGGUAUUUCAGACUUUAAGCUCACUUGUCAUUAUGAUCAGAAUCACCUUUUUAUGAACAUAUUUCAUAAUGGAUUCAUUGGAUCAAAAGCUCUUUUGGCAUCAAUCUAACCUCCCACACCAUGGCUAUUUCUAAUGAUUGUUUGUUUAUUAAUUGUUAUUUGCAAGAUAUGAGUAUGUCAACCUUGCUUUCCAAACCAAAGCCAGGUGGCAGUUACUAGGAAAUUUGUUUAAUAUAUGACUAAUGUAAUUGCUUUUAUUGUUUUAUUACUUUGACUACAAUGGUACUGUACUAGUGUAUAACUGGUUCAUCUUAUUACUUUGUAACCCAUCAGACAUCAUCAGGAUAGGUAAUUCCUGCUCCAGCAAGAGCAAUGUCACCUUUACAGUGUUUAGUAGUGGAUAAGUGAGCUUAAGCAUAAUUGCUGCUUAUGAGUAUCCAAAUGAGUGGCCAAUACAGAUGAAAAACAUAGAAAACUGAUGAUAUCUUACAGCUUUGAUGCUCCUUAUAAAUCACAAUGUCAUGCUCCCUAAACUUAACACCAAUAUCGUGAUAAUUUUAUUUCUGCUCUCAAGCCCUGUAGCGUCUCUAAAUUAAGUCAUUGUCUGGACUUGGUCAAACUUUGAUUAUGUGUUAAUUGAGUGUUAAUUGAGGCAGACUUGGUCAAACUUGAUUUGCUGAACUGUUAAUUCAUUAAUUUUUCUGUGUUUGCUAGCUGUUUGAAUGAAGUUUACUCGAUUUUCGAGCUUUGAUACUUUGGUUACUAGUCUACAUUAUGUAAUAUGUAAUGGUUCUGUUUUUGAGGGAUUGUGUCCAUAACUUGUAUGCAAAUGCUAUAUAAUUUUGUUGUAUAUUUUAUGGCUUAUUAUAUAAUUUGUUGUAUAUGUUAUUGUAGAUGACCCAUGAAAUGAAAGGCAUGAUUCUUGGUUCUGUGGCAGCCAUAAUUGCUUAUGUUCUUGCUCUUGUUGAAGAGUUUAGGUUUAGGAAUAAAAGGCCUAGAAUAAUUAGGCAACCUUAUGUGAAUAGAGAUAGUUUGAGGGAGGCCAAUAUCAAUAGUAUUUUAUAUUGUGGUGACACUCAUUGUCUAGGACAAAUUCGUAUGAGGCCUGCUGCAUUUUAUAGCUUAUCUAAUAUUCUAGUCGAAAGAGGACUUUUGCAGGAAAGUGUUCGAAUGAGUGUUAAGGAGCAAGUAAUUAUAUUUUUACACUUUGGGACAUAAUGUAAGGUUUCGUGUAAUUGGGGGAAGAUUUUUUCUGUCAACAUGGACCGUACACUACUAUUUUCAUAUUGUGCUGCAAGCUAUCCUUCAAUUCUAUCUAGAGGUUGUGAAACCACCAACAACUUCAAUUCAGCCAGAAAUUCAAAACAACCCUAGGUUCUUUCCAUGGUGUGAGGAUUUCAUAGGGGCUAUAGAUGGAACACAUGUGCGUGCCUCUGUUCCCAUUGAGAUACAAGAUAGAUUUUGUGGUAGAAAAGGUGGAAUAACACAAAACGUGCUAGCUGCUGUUGAUUUUGAUGCCAAGUGUACUUAUGUUCUAGGUAGCUGGGAGGGUUCUGCACAUGAUUCAAAGGUCCUUAACGAUGCGCUAAGUAGGGGGUUCAAAAUUCCAGAAGGGAAGUAUUAUCUAGCAGAUGCGGGUUUUGGUAGUCACAAAGGUCUUAUGCCUCCAUACAGGAAAACCCGUCAUCACUUGAAAGAAUAUACAAAAAAUCCUCCAGAAAAUGAACAGGAGUUAUUCAACCUUCAACACUCUUCAAUUAGAAUGGUUGUAGAGAGAGCGUUUGGAAUUCUAAAGGCGAGGUUUCCUGUCUUGGAUGCUGAGCCUUUUUGGUCAUUUAAAACCCAGGUUGAUGUGGUUUUAGCAUGUUGUGUGAUACACAACUUCCUUAGGGGUAUGGAUCCUAAUGACCCAAUAACUAGAAGAGUAGACUUGGAGAUAGAAUCACUAGAUACAAGAACAUUGCUUACUAGAAGGGAAAUGCGAGAAGAAACAUAAAUUAGUGUGUUAAAAAAAGAAAUGUCGUAGCAUCAUCCAUGUGGACUGCAUACAAGUAGCCUCGAACAACCUAAAGUCUUUUGAUUUCCUUAUGUUGUAAUGGGUUACACUAAUGAUUUGAACUAGAAAUUGCAAAGAUGUUUAUAUUCUCCUUAAUUACAUGAACUUUUAUUUUUGGUGAUUGCAUCUGAAAUUAUGAGAUUUCUUGAUAAUUCAUGUGGUUUGCAUAUGAGAAGCAUGUGUAUCUACCAUUGUAGGUGAAGAAUGAAGAAAAAAAAGGGUAUUUUUGUUGGUCAAAACAAAUGUCCAAGGAGUUGCUGGUAUUUCUUACAGAAGAAGUGAGAAAGGGAAAUAGGCCAAAUAACACUUUCAGAACAAGCUCUUUUGUUGCUGCUGCAAAAAAAAAUCAGAAAAAUUUAGAACUUCCUGCACGGCUGACCAUGUUGAGAACCACAUGAGGACAGUGAGAGCUAAUUGGGGAAUCAUAUCGAAAGUUCAUGGUAACUCUGGAUUUGGGUGGAAUGACACUGUGAAGAUGGUAACAACAUCUCCUAAUGCUUACAAUAAUUAUAUUCAGGAAAAUCCUUCUCAUGAGAAAUAUUUCAACCAAAAAAUUGACAUGUAUGAAGAAAUAGCAAUCGUGGCUAGUAAAGACAUGGCUCGUGGAGACUUUUAUAAGAGUUUUGCUGAUAUUGAACUUAGCAAUGAGAAUGGACAAGGGCAGCCUACAAGUAUGACAGAAAAUGGGCCAUCGAAAUCAGAUAGUGCCACUUCUUCAAAGCCAAGACAACAUCGUAAGAGGACUCGAGGUGAAGAUGACACUUGUGACUUGCAACAAAUAUCUAAUCAACUAGGAGAAGUGGUUAGUGCCCUGAAGAAAUUCUCAAACAACCAACUUGAUAUGGAAAAACUUUAUGAAGAGAUAAUGAAGAUGGAUGAUUUUGAAGAAGUUGUUCGUGAUGCCGCAUUUGACCACUUGGUUGAGCGGGAGAUGCUUGCCACAUCUUUUUUGACAAAGAGCAAACCUCUUCGAAGAGUUUGGAUCCAAAACUUUAUAAAUUCGCUUAAUCGUUAAAAAUUAGAAUGAGUAUGUUUUUAUUGUUUGUCUACAACUACUUACUACAAAUGUCUACUACUAUGAGUACGUAGAAAGUAAAGUAUUCUGUAAUGUCUUGGUAUUUGAGUUGUUGCUGCUACUUUGUAAUAGUCUACAACAUUUUAUCUUACUUAUAUGAUUUAAUUAUGCUAGUU